AUGUCGAACAUCUUCGCAGACGCCGCAAUUUUGGGAUUUUAUAUUUCUUUCGAGCCAAGGAGGAUGCAUGUCGAGUUCCGCACAGAGACACAAGCGGUGGAAUACCUGAAGAAGAUCCAGCAGCGGUCGGUUUACACGUCCAACUCCUUAGAAGGCGAGCAAAACGGCAAAGUUUGUUCCUUGCGGCUUCCGUCGAGAAUCAUCAGUGCCAACGUCUGGGGCUCCGAGAUCUACUUGACUUUCAGCGACAAGGAAUUCGCCAAUGACUGGGUGAAGGGGUUAUUGAUCUGGGUGUUCCGGAAGAAUCACGAUGGAACUGAGAGCGAGACCAAUGUCUGCCUCUGCCGUGCCGCCACCAACAAGCAGCUCAACAGGGCGUUGGAGAUCUCGGAGCACGAAGGGGCGAAAGAAUCCGGCGUUUCUCACAAGCCGAGUAGUACCAUCAGGCCCAAACUGCCUCGAGCCGCUACAACAUCAGCUACUAGCAAAACCAAGGAACGAAGUCGAUAG